AGUGGCAGCACUGUCGCGAUAUCAUAGGUGUUUCUCGCGCGACACCGCCGCGCUAGUGCGCGUAGCAAGCCGAUAUCGUCAAGAUGGAAGGUGCUCGGGGUUGACCGCUCGCAGUAUGGAUUUUGCCGCGUGAUUCGUGCUCAGCGCUGCAGAUCACCGUCCGUCUCCGUGAAAAAAAAAGGAAAAGGACAGCACGUCGGAGCGCGGUGCAGAAUCGGUCGUUGCAGGGUCCUGCAAAUGGUGUCGCGCCGCGGAAGCUCGACCGUACGGCGCGUUUGUACGCGGUAAUGAGAAAAAUAUCACAGUGCGGUGAAGUAACGGAGCCAGUCAUCUACAAUGGUGGAUAACAGUUGUAUUAUCGAGGGAAACGUCAAAUUUCGCGACGGCAAGAAGUGGAAGUCAAGAUGGUGCGUUAUGCGAAAAUUAUCACCAGUAGCAGAUUGCUUGCAUUUGCAACUUUACGGGGAUAGUAAGGAUCGUUACAAGCAAGGCCAAACAAAAGCGUCUCUGAGUUUGCAGCAUUUUCUCGGGGUGGAGAGCGGUUUUACUCUCGACAAGGAAUCCAAUACAAUUGCUAUAAUUUGCCAAGACGUGACAGUCGUUCUCGCAUUCGACACGCGAGAGCGAUUGAUACAAUGGCAAGUUAAGAUCUCGAACAACUUGGGCGAAGAUCAGCAAUUUUUGAUACUCAUCUCCUCGGUGCCAUCGAAGGCGAAGUUCAGCAAUGGGCCGGCUCACUUGCAUAUUCAGGACCGUCGCUUCUGCAUCACCAUCGGCGUGCCUCCCCGGCUCGUCGGUAUCUGGGAGAUCGCGCAUCUCCGACGAUACGGCGUGGUCGAGGGCAGGUUCUGUUUCGAGGGCGGCUCGAGAUGCGGCCGGGGCGAGGGGCUACACGUUCUGAUAACCGAUCAGGGGGACGACAUAGUCAAGACGCUGCAGCUGGCCGCCGAGGGAAAGCUGACAACGAAAAAGCGAUCACCGCUUGGCAGGGAGCACUCGUCGGCGCAAGACAGCCCGAGUCGGCGCCAGUGCGCCCGCUCCGAGACCAGAGCCAGCGAUUUCUUCUCCUCGGCUGUGUACUCGACGUCGACGUACGAGGAGCACUGCGACAGCUGCAAGAACGAGAGCUCGCCGUACUGGUCGUCCGCGGAGAGCAGACAGCAGACGGAGCUCGAUGGCGAUUACAGCUGCAGAGACACAAUGUCCGUUUCGGAACUGCCCGAUCAGCAGCCUAACAGCGAUUGGCGAAGCUGUUCCCUAACUCGUCAAGGCGCGACGGGCCUCGAGAGAUGCGCCAGUUGCAUCAGCAAACUCGGCACGGUCUCGAAAUCGUCGACCGUCAUCACGACCGCUAUGAGCGGUAUAAGCAGCCCCGGCGCCGGUGCGUUGAACAAUCUAGGAUAUCACCUGCAGCCCCGCACCUUCGAUCGGCUCUCGCUGUCGUCCUACAGCAGCAGCAGUCACGACAGCGAUUACUCGGGCUCGCAGCAGAUCGAGUGCCAGUGCGCGCAGUCGAAAACCGCCCAGUCUCAGACGGCACAGCCGACGACGACGGCUCACCGAAUGUCACCGAGCCCGAGCGCGUUGCCGCCGAGACCGCCGAAACCGUCCCAGCCGCCGUUACCGCCAGCGGCCAGCCAGUCCGUUACUGCCAAAAAACCUAAGAAACCACCGAUGCCGCUGCCUAUCGAGCAACAAACUUGCGUGCACUCUCGAAAGCCGCAGCAAGCGCAAAAGCAGUCUCAGCAGCAGCCUCAGCAGCAGCCUCAACAGCAGCCUCAGCAGGCUGCGGCUCGCGGCGCCACGGGACCUUACGAGAACUACGACGUUCCCAAAUCCAUCCUGGGGCAUCACAUGCUGCUGGAACAGGGCCCGCAACCGGAACAAUAUUACGACACGCCGAGGAAGAUAAAAGAGUGUCUCACCCUGCCAAAGACCUAUCCCAAUUACGACACGCCUCAGAUGCCGCAGGCAGUGGUUCUGCAAGAGUGCGGGUGCCCCGCGAAACUCACAGUCCAAUCGCCCAGAUCCUCGGGGUGUCCCUGUCACAACGUCAUGAGCUGGGCCGGUUUCGUCCUGCCUUACUGCCGGCGCGGCGCAGGCAUCGAGCCCACCGGCGUCACGGUGCAUCCCGUGAAACUUUCGGGCGAGGGUAAGAUGCCGGUGGUGAACGCCAGCGGGGACGUUGCCAUUUACGCGACCGCCCGAAGGGUGAACAAGAACGAAUCUUCCGACGAGAAAGCCGGCACGGAGGACUGCGGCUGCGCCAUCACGAGCAAACCUUCGAACAACUACGAGAACGUCGAGCCGGUGAUCGACACGCAGCCGGAGGCGAAGCAGGCGAAUUACGCGAACAUCGACUUCACGCAGUCGCUCGAGCAUUACGAGAACAGCAAGGACGUUCUGACGAAGAGCAGCAUCUCGCAAGAGGAGAUCGAGAAGUUCGCGGACCAGCUGAAGGAGCCCGCGCCGGAAGCGCCGUGCGAGAACGCCUCGAAGGUCUGCGAGAAGUGCGGCCACAUGAAGGAGAGAGAGAACGAUUAUCUGAUCAUGGAUCCAGACAAGCAGCAAACCCCGAAGAAACCGUUUCCCGGUUACCUGCCGAUGCAGCCGGCGCACAACGCCUGCUCGAAGGAGAUCCUGUCCAGGCUGUGCAGCGGCAUCAAGAGUUCCAGCAAUCCAACGCUGUCGGGAUCCACGCUGCUCGAGGGCAGCAGGAAGCGAUCCGACUCGGAGUACCGUGUGCCGGGAUCGGCGAUGCUGUCCAGUCCGUACCUCAGGCGUCGUUAUCUGGACGCGGGUAAUGCCGUGGAAUCCGGCGGUAGCGUAGGCAUACUUCUCAGGAAACGAUCGUACUCCGCGGAGUCCGCGCAUUACCUGGACGACGAGAGCCACACCUUUCCGUCCACGCUCACCAUCCACAAGUGUUCCAGCGAAGCGGACAAGAAUUCUUUGAUAACCGGCGAGCCGGCGCACAACUCGUGCGCCAAUUCGGAGAGCAAGAUCAACAGCGGUCACGAGAACGGUCAGAUCUUGACGGCCGCGCUGCAACCGUCGUUCAUCAAGAUCCGACGCUCGUCGUCCGUGCCAUCCAAAACGGGCCACAACAGGGAUUCGUCGAGCAGUAACGAUUCCGGCGUCUCCACCGGCUCUCUGAGUCACCGAACGGCGGAGUUUGUGGAGUUCGAGUUAUCGCUGGCGACACCCGCCGCCACGGCGAUAAAGCAGAACAUGUUGUCGGUUUGUCGCAAGAGUCCACCCCCCACGUGCUAUCACAGCAGCCUGCCGAGGAAGUCCAAGUCCAGCGAUCCGCUUCGCGAAAUUUCUUUCCAGUUCCAAAAGAUCAAGAUUCCAACGAAAUCUUCGUCCGCUGAGGCCGACAUACCUACCUGUUUGCCAAAGACCACGAAGGGCUUUAACAGCCCUGGUGAAGUCUCAAAUACACCCUACAUCGAUUCACGAAGCACCAGCAGCGGCACUUCUGACAUGUCAGAUUACAUCGAAACUUUAUCGUUGUCGUCGCACUCUUCGUCAGAUACGCCCGACAGUCUCAGAUUAGGAGGCAGAGCUGUAGCAACGACCCUUCGACCUCGCAGUGGGAAGGAAUAUUACAAGAUUGAUCGAAGCAUCUUGGUAGAGCAGGGACGGAUUCUCACAACGGCGUCCGCUAAUUAUGCAAAUAUCACUCCAGUGCUGGAAAAGAGCGAGUCGCCGUCACCUGGUUACAUGAGUAGCUCACCUUUCGAGCAGCCACAACCAACUCGCGAGCACUUUCUGUUCCCUGAAGAGGCUUGAAUGUAAUAAUGUUUGGGAAAAAGAGCGAAAAACUUGAAGUUCCUAGGAAUUCCAAACAAGACGAGUAAGAAUAUUCACGGUAGAAAUUACAAUUGGGGCAUUGUGACUAUUUACACUAUACGCGGAUAUCUGGGAUUACAGGUAUACACUUUCGAAAUAUGUCGCCGCAUACUAAUAUCGUAGUAUAGCAUGCCAAAACGACUGUACUUGACAUAAUCAAAAAGUUCACAAUUCUACGAAAGCGCUCUUUAAUCAACUUUGGACGUUCGUUUUAUCGAUGUUUUCGUGAAGUCUUCCUCUAAAGAGCACAAUCAUAGUGGGAAAAAAAAAUGUAAAAAAAAAAACAUUAUCGAUCUACAACAAUCUAGGUACUAGCGUAUAGUCGAAAUAACGUCAGUAAUCAAACACUUCCUACAACGAUUCAAACAAUUUCUAAAAUAUGCUCAAUAAGAAACUAAUAGUUUGUAUAGAAAAAAUCCUGCCCUAGGAUAAAAAGAUACGCAUCGUAUACUUUAUAUGAUUAUAUCGUUUUUCAAAUACUUUCUUAUUUUGUAUGAGUGUACUUCUAUAUAGACUAUUGUACAGUUCUCUUUGAAGACAAAAAAUUUUUGAAGGAGAUUAGUAACUCUUAGAGUUCAGUCGGAGUUCUUGAA